GCUGAGUCCCCCGAAGCCUUGGGGGCCACUUUGCUCAGAGCCCCUCCGCUAUGGGCCCAGCCCUCACCACCUCUCACUUCUGAUGCAGUGUGCCUUCCCCUUCCCACAGGUAGCGUAUGGAGAACUUUACAGGGAGUGCACAAGUGUUGGGAAGCACCUGCGUGGCACGAUGGAGGAAGAUCCCCCACCCAAAUGCUCGCUCCCCUCAGUCCCGUGGUGUGCAAAUUUAUGUUAACCACAAAACCUCUAGAGUUACCCACAAAAAGUCAGUCUGCUGUGACCCCCCUGGAGUGGCCCUGUCUGGGUGACCGAGGAGGUGUAACUCAGGAGGCGAAGGGCUUCUUCUGGUGCGGGUGCAGUGACGGGGUGUGCAGAAGUGGUGCCUGCGUCCGAGCAUCGCUGCUCUGCAGACUGGGCGCACACUGCAGAGUCCACCGCGCCCCUGUCCCCGCUGGGCCGGGCAGCUCUUCCCCCGCCCCCUGCAGCCCUCCCCUCGCCCAGGGCCGGCUCUCCCCCUGCAUAAAGCCGGCAGGGCCGGGCGCUGCCCUCAGCCUGCCCCGGCCAUGCACCCCGCGCCCCGCAGAGGCGCAUCCCUGGAGGCGGCGCCGAGCCCGCGGGACCCCGCCGGGCAGUUAAAUAAGUCAGCUUACACGAUGAUUGAAGAUAACAAAGAGAAUGAAGACCACGAAGAAAGAGGGAGGACAGCCAUCAUUUUUUCCUUGAAGAAUGAAGUUGGAGGACUUGUAAAAGCAUUAAAACUCUUUCAGGAGAAGCAUGUAAAUCUGGUACACAUUGAGUCACGGAAGUCCAAGAGACGAAAUUCUGAGUUCGAGAUCUUUGUGGACUGUGACAGUAACAGGGAACAACUGAAUGAGAUCUUCCAGCUCCUGAAAUCCCACGUCAACGUUGUCUCUGUGAGCCCAACAGAGUAUUUCAAUGUCCAGGGAGAUGACAUGGAGAAUGUUCCCUGGUUUCCCAAGAAGAUCUCAGAUUUGGAUAAGUGUGCAAACCGGGUGCUGAUGUACGGGUCUGACUUGGAUGCCGACCAUCCUGGUUUCAAAGACAAUGUUUAUCGCAAGAGGCGAAAAUAUUUUGCAGACCUGGCUAUGAACUACCAACAUGGUGACCCAAUUCCCAAGAUUGAAUUCACUGAGGAGGAGAUCAAGACUUGGGGGACUGUGUACCGAGAGCUUAACAAUCUUUACCCAACUUAUGCCUGCAGAGAGUACCUUAAAAACCUACCCUUGCUCACCAAACACUGUGGGUACAGGGAAGACAAUAUCCCCCAGCUGGAAGAUGUGUCCCGCUUCCUGAAAGAGCGCACAGGCUUCACCAUCCGCCCCGUUGCUGGAUAUCUGUCGCCCAGAGACUUCUUGGCAGGAUUAGCAUUCCGAGUCUUUCACUGCACUCAAUAUGUCAGACACAGCUCGGACCCUCUCUAUACACCAGAGCCUGACACAUGCCAUGAGCUCCUAGGCCAUGUCCCUCUUUUGGCUGAACCCAGUUUUGCUCAGUUCUCCCAGGAAAUUGGUCUUGCAUCACUUGGGGCAUCAGAUGAGGCUGUCCAAAAACUGGCAACGUGCUACUUCUUCACGGUAGAGUUUGGCUUGUGCAAGCAAGAGGGUCAGCUACGAGUUUAUGGGGCUGGCUUGCUCUCUUCGAUUAGUGAGCUCAAGCACUCACUCUCUGACAGCGCCAGAGUCAAGCCUUUUGAUCCAAAGGUCACCUGCAAGCAAGAAUGUCUCAUUACAACUUUCCAGGAGGUUUACUUUGUUUCCGAAAGUUUUGAAGAAGCAAAGGAAAAGAUGAGAGAGUUUGCAAAAACCAUCAAGCGGCCCUUUGGGGUGAAGUACAACCCCUACACUCAGAGUGUGCAGAUCCUGAAGGACACGAAAAGCAUCGCCAGCGUGGUGAAUGAGCUGCGCCAUGAGCUGGACAUUGUCAGCGAUGCCCUCAGCAAGAUGGGCAAGCAGCUGGAAGUUUAACACCCUCCCAAUACUGUGGUGCAAGCCAGUUCUUCCCUUUUCCCCACUGGUUUCUUUCUAGGCAUAUAACGUGUUGCAUGCAGAACUCAGUCCUUUACACAUGGAAGAGUGAAUGGUCCAUUAGAAUAUAACGAUUUUAUCUUGUUGCUCUCCAUAAAUUUCCUCACAUAAAUGCAUUCCUCCAUCCCCCUUAGGUAAAAAAGGCCCAGAGUUGCCUUUUAAAACCUGUAGGGGAGUAGAGAAAUUAGACUGGAGAAAAAGUGUGGUCUGUGGAUCAGGGCUGGGAUCAAAUGAUGCAGGAAGUGGCUUAUGAGGCAAAAAUGGAGUAAUUGACCCUAGGGAGAAUUCAAUUUCUGAGUCCAGCAGUCUAUGCUACUGAUUGUAUAGAGCUGAAGACUUGACAGCGCAGAAGCUGUGCUAAUUCAGUGUUUCUAAGUCUGGGCUACCAAGUUUGAAACCUGAAUGAUUACAAUGCAGGCAUCAGGACACAAAUAGCUGCAGGUUCCACAUGAAAAAAGGGAGGGGUCAAAUCUUGCUUUCAAAGGGAUUAUUCUUGCCACGAAGAGUUGCAAAUGUGCUGUUUGGCAUGCUUCUUGUAUAAGGCAGAGAAAGAGCUGUUGCAUUAAAUCCUAAUUAUGUUUAUUUUAAGCAAUUUGCUACUGGCUAGGAGUCAAAAUUUUUGUUGCUGUGCUUGAUAUUACACCUGAGGGAAGACCUUUCCUUACAGAGACAUCGUUUGCCUUUUUCCUGAUUGAAUUUACCAAAAAAUACAGCAAGCCACCAAGCAUUGAAUUAGCAUAAAGCCUAAAACCAUUUCCAAAUGGCAACUUCAUAUUAAAAAUAGUUGAAUUGGCUCUAAAAUAACAUCUAAGUUUAAAAUAAUACCCAAAGCUCAUAGACCAGUGGGCUUUAUGUAAAAAUAAAUAUUCUGUUGAUUGCUCAGUCACUUUUUUGACCUUUGCAAGCUGCACAAAUAUACGUUUAGUUUCCUCUUUACCUGACCUGAACACCUUCAUUCCCUGUCAAUCAAACUGUAACUGAUACUGAAAGGCCCAAGCAUUUUACAGGAAUUCUGUGACUGUGAAGGCAACAAACAACCUUGUAGUGCAAAGUAUAGCUGAUUCCAAAGAGCACACCAGAAGUGUUGGGAAGCAGUGUCCUGCUGAGUUGUCUGCAUUGCACAGUAGCAAACUUGCCUGUGUGGAGGGUCCCACAGUUCCACGCACCCUGCAGAGCUGUGCAAAGCUGCUGCUGGCCUGGGCACGUGUGCAGGACGUGAGACAUUCAAGUGGGAAAUCUGUGAUGUGCAGGGUGUAUUUAAUAGCACCCUAUUUUUUCAUAUGUAGAUCUUAUCAGGAAAUCCAGAAAGCAUGCUGGAAGAAUGGUCUGAAAUCUUAAAUGCAGUGGAGAUGCUAGAACUUGAAAGGACUUUCAUGAAACUUCUGUGCUUCAAAAUUAGCUUGAGUUUCAUCUGCUUUUAGUAGGACACUUCUGCUCCAUAAGCAAUUGCCAGGUCAACCCUUCCAAGAAUAGUCACUGUUUAAAUCAAGACUAGAUAGUUUUUUUCUGUGGCUAUAGACCCACUAUAACUUUGUUUUAAAGAGCAUUUCAGAUGUAUGGUCUACAACAUUUAUGGCUUACAUUACACUUCAUUUAAAAAUAGAUUUUAGGAACUUUGUCUUUCUAAAGAAGAAACCUAUGUGAGUAGUAAGGGAGGAUCUGUUUUGUCUGCUUCUGUGAUAACAGUUCAUGUUCGGCUAUAGUUUUAACAACAUUGGAUUUAUGAUGUUGAAAUAUGCAUAGGUCUGUGUUACUUCAAGCUUUGUCUGAACUAUGUAUACGUUUCAAGUAGGAGUUCUUGAACUUGUUAAAUUAGCAGCUACUUUCAAAUACUUCGUAAAAACAGCAGCUGUAUCUUUACUUGCAUUUGUGUAGCAAAAGAAAAAGUAAACUGCCAGAAGUAAUACCGAGAGGUUGCACUUCCACGGCACUAACAACGCGUAUGUUUGGCUUCACCCAUCCAAACCUUCUGUAAAAUGUUGAUAAUUUCAGUACUUUAAACCAUUGUUGAGGCUUAAAUGUCAACGAAAUAAAGGAGUUGCUGGUAAUUGUCAGAAGCACCCAAGGCCCUUGCUUCGGCACCAGGAAGGCUGAUGUGUUUACACUGAGGGUGCCGGUGUGGGUGCUGACGCCUUUGCAAUGGGUGCCGGUGUCUCCACGGCCUCUGGCAGCAGGCUUGCUGCAGAGCCC